AUGCGCGAGCUCGACCAGAGGACCGAAGACAAGAAGGCCGAGAUCGACAGCCUGGCGGCGCAGUACGUGGAGGCGGUGAGGGGCAUGCAGCCCCAGGAGCGCGUGGAGCACCUGCGGAAGAUCCAGAGCGCCUACGGCAAGUGCAGGGAGUACAGCGACGACAAGGUGCAGCUGGCCAUGCAGACCUACGAGAUGGUAGAUAAGCACAUUCGGCGGCUGGACGCGGACCUGGCGCGCUUUGAAGCCGAUCUCAAAGAUAAGCUGGAAGUCAGUGAUUUCGAGAGCCCUGGAGCACGAAGCCUGAAAAAAGGACGAAGUCAGAAAGACAAAAGAGGCUCUCGAGGUCGGGGCAGACGAGCGUCGGAAGAAGAUACACCAAAGAAAAAGAAACUUAAAGGAGGAUCUGAGUUUUCUGAAACCAUCCUGUCGGUGCAUCCCUCGGAUGUCUUGGACAUGCCAGUGGAUCCCAAUGAACCUACCUACUGCUUGUGUCACCAGGUGUCAUAUGGAGAAAUGAUUGGCUGUGACAACCCAGAUUGCCCAAUUGAAUGGUUCCACUUUGCUUGUGUGGACCUCACAACCAAACCAAAGGGGAAAUGGUUUUGUCCACGUUGUGUUCAGGAGAGAAAGAAAAAGAAGUAAGGAGUAUAGGGAAUACGUCGUCUGAGGCAAGAAGAGUUUAACAUAUUUUU